GCACUUUCUGUCAGUUCACUCAGAGACUUCAUACAGUUACAGUUUAACUCUUUUAGUCAGUGAGAGCUGCUGAUGAAGAUGAAGGAGCUGCUCCUCUUCCUCUCCUGUGUGCUCUGUGUCUCCACUGAUUCUCUACAUACGGACAUUCAUAUUGUUGGCUGUUCAGACUUUAAUGGAGAGGUCAUGUUUGGACUGGAUCGUGAAGAACUCUGGUACGCAGACUUUGAGAAACAGAUGGAUGUUUAUCCUCAGCCACCUUUUAUCGAUCCUAUCAGCUUCGGAGAUGGAGCUUAUGAAACAGCUGUGUCUAAUUUAUAUACCUGCAGACAGUUACUGCAGCUUAGUCGGCAGGGUAUGAAGGACUACCCUCCACUACGUGAUGCUCCUUCAGGUGUGAUGAUCUACACCAGAGACGAGGUGGAGUUCACAGUUAAAAACACUCUGAUCUGUCAUGUGACUGGUUUCUAUCCUGCUCCUGUCAAAGUCUCCUGGACCAAGAAUGAACAGAUUACGACUGAAGGAUCCAGCAUCAACACUCCCUAUCCCAACAAAGAUGGAACCUUCACCCAGAUCGCCAGACUGAAGUUCAUCCCACAGCAGGGAGAUAUCUACAGCUGUACAGUGGAACAUCUGGCUCUGACCAAACCACUGAUCAAAAUCUAUAAUGUGGAGACACCUGAGACACCUGAGACACCUGAGAAGCCUAAGCCCAGUGUUGGACCUGCAGUGUUCUGUGGACUCGGUGUGAUUAUCGGCUUACUCAGUGCUGCAGGUGGAACCUUCUUCAUCCUCAAAGCAAACAAGUGCAUCUGAUUGUCUCGGGUUGAUGGUGUCAUCAGUGCUUUUGUACACAAUGCCGUUUAAGGCUGCUGCUCUGCUCUCUGAUCUUCAUUCAUGUGACCCUGGCUGUGUUUACAUGGAGCCUUACGUUCACUUUAUUUUCACACUAUUAAACAGAUUCAGUUUAAAAUGCCAGACAAAAUAAAAGUGACAAGCAACAUUAACCAAUCAGAAAGUAUGCCUAUGUAACCUGUUAGCUGGUAAGCUGGUCUUCAUAAUCAGUCUGAACAAUCCAUCCAUCCUUUUAGGGGUUCUUAAACUCAGUUUUAUCUGUUGACUAUCUUUGCUGUCUGUUCCAUGUAUAUGAUUUGGACAAAUGUAAAUAAACCAGAAUUUGAAAUAAAUCCUCACCUGUAAA